ACACACACUGGCUAUCGAUACAGCCGGAUUACUACGUGCCUCCAUGAAAAUCGACGCGAGAGUUAUUAUACGUACAGUUAAAUGCGUACACAAACGUAUCGUCUGGCCUACAAACAUCGGGUCAGUCAGUCAGUGACAAGAAAAAAUGGCGGAUGUCGAGUUGAACGUCGACAACCUGAUACAAAGAUUAUUGGAAGUAUACCACACGCAGAAAGACCAGGUUCAGAAGAAAGCCAAGCUAAAAGAUAUUUUCUCGUCGGAUUUUGUCGUUCGAGGAUGCCGGCCAGGAAAGACGGUUUUAAUGUCCGAAGGCGAGGUGCGCGGACUUUGCCUCAAGUCCAGGGAGAUUUUCCUCCAACAGCCGAUCCUCCUGGAGCUCGAAGCGCCGCUUAAGAUCUGUGGCGACAUCCACGGCCAGUACACCGACCUGUUACGACUGUUCGAGUAUGGCGGUUUCCCGCCGGAAGCGAACUACCUGUUCCUCGGGGAUUACGUUGAUCGAGGGAAGCAGUCGCUGGAGACGAUAUGCCUGUUGCUCGCGUACAAGAUCAAAUACCCGGAGAACUUCUUCCUGUUACGCGGUAACCACGAGUGCGCGAGCAUAAACAGGAUAUACGGGUUCUACGACGAGUGCAAGAGACGGUACAAUAUCAAGCUGUGGAAGACGUUCACCGACUGCUUCAAUUGUCUGCCGAUUGCGGCGAUCAUCGACGAGAAGAUAUUCUGUUGCCACGGUGGUCUCAGUCCAGACCUUCAGAAUAUGGAACAGAUCAAGAGAAUUAUGCGUCCGACAGAUGUACCUGACACUGGCCUCCUCUGCGACUUGUUAUGGUCGGAUCCAGACAAAGAAGUCCAGGGAUGGGGCGAGAACGACAGAGGGGUGUCGUUCACGUUUGGCCCCGACGUCGUGUCGAAGUUUUUAAGCCGACACGACAUGGACUUGAUAUGCAGGGCGCAUCAAGUGGUCGAAGACGGCUACGAGUUCUUCGCGAAACGGCAAUUGGUCACGUUGUUCUCCGCGCCGAACUACUGCGGGGAGUUCGACAACGCCGGCGGGAUGAUGAGCGUCGACGAGACUCUGAUGUGCAGUUUCCAGAUUCUAAAACCGUCAGAGAAGAAAGCGAAAUAUCAGUACUUAAGCUUGAACACGGGUCAGGCCACGAGACCAUCCACGCCACAAAGGAAUCCAUCCAAAAAGAAAUGACAGCCUUGCACUCGGCUUUUCCUACAUUUAAGGAAACUCGUCGACAAGGCGACCAAGUUUCUAUUAAGACGCGAACACUAAAAACAGAGCAUAACAUUGUAUGAUAUGUUCUAUCACUAACUAGCGGUUAUGCCAAACAAAUGAAUAGAGAGAGAGAGAGAGAAAAAAAACAAAAUUAACAAAAAAAUAGAAAAAAAAACAGAGAAUGGAGUGGUUAAGAUGCAUAGUAGUGGUAUUGAUCGUCGGGUAUGAUUGUGAUUGUUAAAGACUUUUCGAGGAGCAAAAGGCAGUUUUAAUUUCUGUUUUCUUAGCAUUUUAAGUAUGUAAUUAUUACUAUUAUUAUUAUUAUGAUUACUAUUAUUAUGUUGACUGAUUAGUGAUUAAAUGGUAAUCGGAUAGAGAGAACUUGUUGCCCGAGUGAGCUUGCUGCGGAACAUUUAAAAAACGAAGAAAAACGAUAAAAAAAAAAGAUAAUGAAAUAAUAUCGACUUCGCUAAUGCCUUUGUUAGUAUUAAUUUUCGCGUGAAGACGUCAAAGCUAGCGUGUAAGACUUACCUCUUCACUUAACAUCUCUAAGAUAAAUAAUGAUAUGAUAAUUAAAGAGCGACGCUUCACUCCGAUUCGGAUCAAGGAUCACUUCCGUGUUCUCUGGGAAAAUAGUUUAUCGCGUAUCUUCGAGAUUCCGGGUGGUCCUGCGCUCGCGACUAGCGUUUAAACAGACAUUCUUAUUUAUUGCUUCCACGUUAAAUGUUUAGUGUAAUUACGCUGACGUAUUCCUAAUCGAUUCCUUUAACUAUUAAUUACAUCAUCGCAGCCGAUUCGAUUAUUAUUACUAUAGUUCGAUGGAAAUAUCGCGUUGCACUUUGUACAUAGAUCUUUCAUUUCGUUCUGCAUUUGUUUCUUUCUCCUUCGUGUUCAGAAAGGUUCAAAUAAUUUAGCUCGCAGUAUGCCGAACUAUGAACAGCACGUUCCAUCGUACUUCUUAGGGUCGUUAGAUAUCAUCGGUUAUUUCCUAACAAGUGCUAUCUCAGAUUUCGAUGAAACUUCAAAUCGAUGAACAGUCAAAUGUAAGUUUUUUAAUUUAUGAACGGUAUAAAAUACGACCAGAUUCUAUUCUCGUUUGUAAAUAAAAUUUCUUACUUAUUAUCGGUGUACUUUAGUUGAUCAUUCAUCGAAUUCUGCAAGUUUCACAGAAGUCUGGGUAUUGCACGUGAGCCAGAAACGAGGAAUCAGAAUGAAAAUAAGAGAACCAGUAUUUUUAAGACGGUCAUUCUAGGCAGAUUAUUAUUAUCGUCUUUAUUCGAAGGACGUACGACCGAGAAACGACAAGGGAAUUAUAUAAAUAUAUAUAGAAAAUUGAGAGGUUUCUUCGGACGCAGGAUAUGAUUCUGAUGUAAGAGGAAUCUCAGACGCCGAGAGAGGUUUUCAUCUUGCGAUUAAAAUAAGUGGAAUGUAUAUUAUAAAUACGUGUAUAUUUAACUGAUCUACCAAGAUACCAAAUCGUUGAAAUGCAAUUAAAAUACACUUUCUAUUGGACGACAAGAGAAACUAUAUACGUGAAUGAUCGUAGUUUAUACGAAAAUUACUAUUUCACUUUCAGAUCUCUUUUACAUCGCAUUUAGUUUUAUCAUUUCAACACAGUCGAACGCCAACGUGCUUAAAUAAUACCGAUCGUACUUGAUGCUACGUUAAUACAAUAAUAAUAUGUUUUCUAUGUUGUGCAAUAAAACAAUUUAGUUCAUGUACCUAAAAAUGAUUUGAAUGCUGUAUAGCGUGUGUAGGGAAUAUGCAAAAGGAUUUAAACUAGACCACUUGACGAAAGAGUUGAAUCACAUUAGACUGUAUCAUCGGGAUAAGAGUUUACAGUUGGAGAAAAUGACGAGAGCGUAUGAACGUAUUAUCUGAAAGUGAAAUAAAUUGAAUGGGACACGUCGUCGUUCGGCACGAUAAACGUGGCGUGACGAGAAUUUGUUCAUACUAGCAUCUAUAAUUUAUGUUUGUUAAUGAAAUUGUUAUUUAAGGGGGUGAGAGCGAGGACUUAUUUCCUGAUCGAUUUAUUAUACGAAUUGUUGAGAAGAAUAAUAAUGAACGAGGGCUGUACGAUCA